CAGUCAAUAACCUCUCUCUCUCUCUCUUACGCUCUCUGCUGGUUUGCUUUGCACACAAUUCUUGAAUUCGUCGCUCGCCUCGCUCCCACUGUUCUUCUUUCCCAAACCUCCAAAGUCGUCUUCUCUGCUGUACCAACGCCGCCCAUUUUCCCAAUUUCGGUUUCAUAUUUUGUUUGUUUGAUUCGAUUUGAUUUGAUUUGGUUGUUAAUCGGCUGCGGGAGGAAGAAAUCAGGCAUGGCUGCGAACCGUUUCGCAACCAUGGUGCAUCGGAAUUCCAACAAGAUCACGCUGAUUUUGAUAUACGCGGUUCUGGAAUGGAUUCUGAUAGUCCUCCUACUGUUGAAUUCCCUGUUUUCGUAUCUGAUCCUGAAGUUCGCGGAGUAUUUCGGGCUGAAACCGCCGUGUCCUUGGUGCACUCGAAUUGAUCACGUUAUUAAUCCGUCGAGGAAGGAGGAAAACUCGCAGAGGGAUAAUCUGUGUGAGGUCCAUGCCAGGGAGGUUUCAGAAUUAGGGUUUUGUGCGAAUCAUCGGAAAUUGGUUGAUUCUCGUCUUAUGUGCGACGAUUGUUCGUCCUCGAGGACGGAGCUUCUGCAAUCUUCGAAGGAUUUUGGUCCCCUUAAGCGAUUGGGAGCGGUGAGUGAGAAUGGCGGUGAGGUAAAUUUCAACUGUUCUUGCUGUGGAGUUGCUUUGAGUAAUAACUAUAAUCGCAAAUACUCUUCCUACUCGUUGGUUAGAACAUCUUCUUACGAUGCGUUGGAUAAAGGAAAUUUAAUUGAUUAUGAUGAUAGUGAUAAUGUUGUUGUUGAUGAUUGUAAUCAUGUUGCGAAAGGAUUUGAUUCUGGUGUAGAUUUGCUUAGUGAUGAGUCUUUGUUUGGAGUUAAGAAUAAUGAAUUCGGAUUCGAUGUAAAUUCGGGGAUAAUCGGAGGGAAAUCGAAGGGGAAUGGAAAUGUAGAGAUGGUUUUGGAAGUAGAAGAGAAGGAGACAUUGUUAGAGGUGAAAUCGAAGAAUUGGAUCACCAUGGAUGAUAAGUCUGUGCAAGUUUGUGUCGAAGAGGAAGAGAAUAUCUCGAAGCAUUUGGAAUUCUUUCUGGACUAUAGCGGCCAAAGAUUGGUUCCGAUUGAGUUGGUUGAUUCGGAACAUAAGAGUGGGGAGAAUACAGAGAUUGAAGAAGACGAUAAGAACAGGGAUCGAGAGUUUAUCCCGGAUUCUGCAGGUAAGAUCGAAGAAAAAACAGAUAUGGUUGUGGAGGGUGGAGGUGGAGGUGGAGGUGUUGAAGCAACAUUUCUUGAUAUUGAUAUCAACGAGGAGCCGAAGUAUGAACUUCUCGAAUCCAUGGAACUUGAAGAGGAUGAAAAUUCUCGACAUUUUCUGCUAAAUCAAUGGACCUCUGAAGAGGUUAGGGAUGAUCAAGAACUCGAUGGAAAGUGUUCGGAUGUUCAUGGAGAUUAUGUCGCCGCGUGUGAAAAGGUUGCUCAGGCGAGCAAUGAAAACGAAGCGGAUGUUUCGAUAGGAACCGAAAUUCCUGAUUUAGACGUAACGGACGAGAUACAAAUCCAAGAAUCCGCGCAUUCGAACGGUCUUGUACGAGACGACGACCGAGAGCAGGCGACGGAACUACAAUCUUCAUCCAAUCAGGAGUUGAACGACACAGAAGAAGACAAAGUUCCCGAUACGCCGACAUCCAUGGAAAGCAUCAACUACCUCCACAAGAAGCUGCUAAUGCUCGAGAAACGGGAUUCAGGGACCGAAGAGUCUUUGGACGGAAGCAUAACGAGCGAGUUGGAUGGCGGCGACGGGCCUGCCACCGUCGAACGAUUGAAAUCCGCACUCAGAUCCGAACGAAAAGCUCUCCAGGUUCUGUACGUCGAGCUCGAAGAAGAACGGAGCGCAUCGGCGGUGGCUGCAAACCAAACGAUGGCGAUGAUAAACCGACUCCAGGAAGAGAAGGCGGCGAUGCAAAUGGAGGCUUUGCAGUACCAAAGAAUGAUGGAAGAACAGUCGGAAUACGACCAGGAGGCGCUGCAAUUGUUGAAUGAGCUUAUGGUGAAGAGGGAGAAGGAGAAGCAGGAACUCGAGAAGGAGCUCGAUUCUUGCCGGAAGAAGCUUCUGGAAUACGAGACGAGGGAGAAGGCGCGGGCAUUGAGCCGUAGCAAAGACGGGAGCGUCUUCUCGGGGGACAGCAGCGACGGAUUGUCGAUCGAUCUGAACCAGGAAGUGAAGGACGACGGGCUGUCGUUUUACGGGAAUCAAGAAUUCAGCGUCCGCGACACUCCCGUCGAUGCCGUCGUCGAUUUGGAAGAAUCAUUAGCUGAUUUCGAGGGCGAGCGUCUCUCGAUCCUCGAACAACUUAAGUUUCUAGAAGAAAAGCUCUCGACCCUUGAUGACGAAAGCCAUGUUCAUUCCAACGGCGGAGAAUCAAACGGGCAUGCAGAAUCGAACGGGUCGACGACACCGAAUUCAAAGCGAAUUCAGCAGAGGAAAGUCGCGACCCAGAUGGGGAAAUCGCUGCUCCCGUUAUUCGACGCGAUCAGCGACGGGAACGGCGAGCUCGGAAGCGCGGAAAAGGCGAACAAGAAGCGUGCCAUCGAAGAAGAAGUCGAUCAUCUUUACGAGAGGCUGCAAGCGCUCGAAGCCGACAGAGAAUUCCUCAAGCAUUGCAUUCGAUCCCUCGAAAAAGGCGAUAAAGGGACCGAUCUUCUCCAAGAGAUCCUCCAGCAUCUCCGCGACCUCCGUAGUGUCGAGCUUCGUGUUCGAAGCUCGACCGAAUAAAAUUAGAAAAAAAAAAAAAAAGAAAAGAAAAAAAUCAUCGGUUUCUUACCAAACAGAAGACAAAGGAAGAAGCUUUUGUGUGUAUGAAGGACACUUCCACUGGUUUUGAGAGGUAAAUUUUUUUUUGCUGUUGUUUGUUUUGUUUUUUUUAAAGAUCCAAUUUUUGUGUUUGUCCCUCUUUGUGGAAAAAAGGGGGAUUGUGAAUGCAUGUGUGUGUAGUGUAGUGGCAAUUUAGUUUACUAGGAAAGAUUUUUAAUUUUUUUUUUGAGGGGUGGGUGGGUGGGGUGGGGGUAAGGAACCCCCCCUCUGUUAUCCCAAAUUGAUAGUAUUUUGUAUUGAGGGGUGAGAUUUGUACAUUGUAUUUAUAUGUAUGUAUGUAUGUAAAAAGAAAAAAAGAACAAAAAAAAAAGGAGUGUUGUUUGUAUAUAUA